AUGGAGAGGGAAAGGGGAGAGAGGUGGUGGAGGGUGAAACAGAAGGAGGACUUGGUUUCCCUUCUGCGGAAAUCCUGGUACCAUAUGAGGUUGUCAGUACGACACCCCUGUCGGGUUCCAACCUGGGAUGCCAUUGUCCUCACUGCCGCUAGCCCCGAACAAGCUCAAUUGUAUGACUGGCAACUGGAGCGGGCCAAGCGCAUGGGUCGGAUCUCCUCCUCCACCGUCACCCUCGCCGUCCCCGACCCUCUCGGCUGCCGGAUCGGAUCCGGCGCCGCCACUCUCAAUGCCAUCCACGCCCUCGCCCUCCACUACUGCCACUCUAACUCACCGACAAAUGGAAAUGGAAGCGACGAUCUAGUUUCGGUUUUGGCGAAGAGGCACAUACUGUUGCUCCAUGCUGGAGGUGAUUCAAAACGGGUGCCGUGGGCAAACCCUAUGGGGAAAGUGUUUCUGCCUCUUCCUUAUUUGGCUGCCGAUGACCCUGAUGGCCCCGUUCCCCUCCUCUUUGACCAUAUUCUUGCCAUUGCUUCUUGUGCAAGACAAGCUUUUGGAAAUGAAGGUGGAAUGUUAACCAUGACUGGUGAUGUUCUUCCAUGUUUUGAUGCAUCCCUCAUGACUCUUCCUAUGGAUACUUCCUGUAUCAUCACUGUUCCAAUCACCCUUGAUGUUGCUGCAAACCAUGGAGUAAUAGUUGCAGCUGAAACUGAGCAUUCAACUCAAAAUUAUGCAGUCAGUUUAGUAGAUAACCUCCUGCAGAAACCUUCUGUAGAUGAGCUAGUUGAAAGUAAGGCAGUUCUAGCUAAUGGUAGAACACUCCUUGAUACCGGAAUAAUAGCUGUUAGAGGUAAGGCAUGGUUGGAGCUUGUUACACUCGCAUCUUCCUGUCAGCAAAUGAUUUCUGAGCUCCUGAAUAGCAAAAAUGAGAUGAGUUUAUAUGAAGAUCUAGUUGCUGCCUGGGUACCUGCAAAGCAUGAGUGGCUAAGAAAGCGUCCUUUGGGUGAAGAACUAAUCUGUAAAUUGGGACAGAGGAAGAUGUUCAGCUACUGUGCCUACGAUUUGUUGUUCUUGCAUUUUGGCACCUCAAAUGAAGUUUUAGAUCAUCUCAGUGGUGUUGGUUCAGAACUGGUUGGUAGAAGACAUCUGUGUUCUAUUCCAGCAACCACUGCAUCUGACAUCACGGCAUCUGCUAUUAUUCUUUCAAGUAAAAUUGCACCUGGCGUCUCAAUCGGAGAAGAUUCUCUCAUAUAUGAUUCAUCCAUUUCUGGUGGAGUACAUAUUGGCUCCUUAUGUAUAGUGGUUGGCGUCAAUAUAUCUCUUGACAACCUUUUAAGUAUUGGCAAUUCAAUCAAGUUCAUGCUUCCAGAUCGCCAUUGUCUUUGGGAGGUUCCCUUGAUUGGAAAUAGGGAGCGAGUUCUAGUAUAUUGUGGCCUUCAUGAUAACCCUAAAAGUUCACUCUCUAAAGAUGGUACGUUUUGUGGGAAACCUUGGAAGAAACUUUUGCAUGAUUUGGGUAUUGAAGAAAGUGACUUAUGGGGGUCUGCAGACCCUGAUGAAAAGUAUUUAUGGAAUUCAAAAAUAUUCCCCAUACUUCCUUAUGUUCAAAUGAUCAAGGUUGCAAUGUGGUUGAUGGGCUUAGCCAAUGAGCAAAGUGAAGCCAUGCUUCCUUUGUGGAAAUAUUCUCGGCGCAUCAGUUUGGAAGAAUUGCAUAGAUCUAUUGAUUUUUCAACAAUAUGCACAGAUUCUAGUAACCAUCAAGCUGAUCUUGCAGCGGGAAUUGCAAAUGCUUGCAUCAGCUAUGGGAUGCUGGGGCGCAAUUUGUCACAAUUAUGUGAAGAAAUUCUUCAAAAAGAGGGUUCUGGGAUGCAAACAUGUAAGGAUUUCCUAGCUAUGUGUCCAAUAGUUCGGGAGCAAAACUCUAAUAUACUUCCCAAAAGUCGGGCAUACCAGGUGCAAGUUGAUCUUCUUCGUGCUUGCAAUGAAGAAGGGAGAGCACGUGAGUUGGAGCACAAAGUUUGGGCUGCUGUGGCUGAUGAAACUGCGUCUGCAGUGAGAUAUGGAUUCAAAGAACAUUUAUCAGAGUCUCCUGGUAGCCUUUCUUGUCAGGAGUUCCGCAAUAACCAUCACAAUAGCAGCAUUAAUCAGCCUUUCCAUCCUAGAAAGGUAAAAGUAGAAUUACCAGUUCGUGUAGAUUUUGUUGGGGGUUGGAGUGAUACUCCCCCAUGGAGCAUCGAACGUGCUGGAUGUGUUCUGAAUAUGGCAAUAAGCUUGGAGGGGUCUUCACCAAUUGGCACCAUCAUAGAGACAACUAAAGCAGAGGGAAUAUUAAUUACUGAUGAUGCAGAUAACCAGUCAUUUGUUGAAGAUCAUACUUCCAUUUGUGCACCAUUUGAUGGAAACGAUCCUUUUCGGCUGGUCAAAUCUGCAUUACUUGUGACUGGAAUUAUUCAUGAUAACAUUCUUGUAGAUAUGGGCAUGCACAUCAAAACAUGGGCCAAUGUCCCCCGUGGCAGUGGAUUGGGUACUUCUAGUAUCUUAGCUGCUGCAGUGGUGAAAGGCCUUCUCCAGAUAACUGAUGGGGAUGACAGCACUGAUAAUGUUGCUAGACUUGUUUUGGUUUUAGAGCAACUUAUGGGUACAGGAGGUGGUUGGCAGGACCAAAUAGGAGGUCUGUACCCUGGGAUUAAAUGUACUUCAAGCUUUCCAGGAAUUCCUUUGAGACUUCAAGUUGUCCCCCUGUUGGCUUCGUCUCAGUUAAUUUCUGAGCUGCAGCAACGACUUCUUGUGGUAUUUACUGGUCAAGUUCGACUUGCACAUAAGGUAUUACAGAAGGUGGUUGUUAGAUAUCUUCGCCGGGAUAACCUUCUUGUAUCAAGUAUCAAGCGUCUUGUUGAACUGGCAAAGAUCGGGAGAGAAGCUUUGAUGAACUGUGACAUAGAUGAACUUGGUAAUAUAAUGCUAGAAGCUUGGAGAUUGCAUCAGGAACUUGACCCUUACUGCAGCAACGAAUAUGUUGAUAGUCUGUUUUCUUUUGCCUCUCAGUACUGCUGUGGCUACAAGCUGGUUGGAGCUGGUGGUGGGGGUUUCGCUCUGUUGCUUGCCAAGGAUGCACAGUGUGCUAAGGAACUGCGACACAGGCUAGAAGAUGAAAAACAUUUUGACGUGAGAAUAUAUGAUUGGCAGAUAUUCCUAUAA